AUGGUGCUGGCCACAGCGCGCGCUCUGAAACCGUUCAGUGCAGCAGCGGCGGCAUCGACGGCGAGGGCAGCGGCCGCGUCGACAAUAUCGACCGCCGCAAUGGCGCCCAUGCCGUCGUCGUCGUCGACGUACACCAUCCGUGCCGUGGCGGCGUUUGCGCGCAAUCUGCUGCGCUUCGGCUGUCGUAACGUCACGGUGCGUGGACUGGAUCGUUUCCUGGCGCAGCUGCACUCGGCUGAGCGCACGGCAUCGUCGCGCGGGCUGCUGACGUACUGCAACCACAUCUCGGUGCUCGACGAGCCGACGAUCUGGGGCACUCUGCCGGCCUCUACCUUCCGCGACCCACGCACGGUGCGUUGGACGCUUGGCGCGAGCGACAUCAUGUUCACCAAACCCAUGCUUGCGCGCUUCUUCCGAAACGGCCAGUGCAUCGAGACCCACCGAGGCGGCGGGAUCUAUCAAAAGGCGAUCGACGAGGCGAUCAGCAAGCUCAACACUGCCAAUUGGGUGCAUCUGUUUCCCGAGGGAUAUGUGAAUGUCAGCACGAGCUCGCGAUUGCGCCGGUUCAAGUGGGGGAUCGCAAGGAUGCUGCUCGAGGCCGAAAGGUUGCCGACCGUCGUGCCGAUUUGGAUCACGGGGUUCGAUCGGAUGAUGCCCGAGCCAAGGGCAAAGCCAAAGUGGCUGCCGCGCUUUGGCAAUGAUGUGUCGAUCACAUUCGGCGAGCCUGUGACCGACCAGCUCGCGCCGGUGGUGGAGGCGAUACGAGCCACCAACGACAUUGCACCCCAGCAUCUGCUGCCGGAAGAGCUGCGAUUUGAUCCGGCGUCGAUCAAGCAUGCGGAUCCAGACGCUGUGAUUGCCGAUCGAUCGGUGCCAACCCAGCUGGCGACCGAGUGGAAUACAGCUUCGCUCUUCCAGCGCCCGCUCAGGGCGGGUGACGACUCGCGCCUGGCACUUGCACGCUCGCAGCUCGCCGCCCUGCUCCGAUACCACCUCGGCCUUGUAGCUGUCCAGCAACGCACGGCCGACGCGUAUCCCAACCCGCAAGAAGACGCAACGCUCGUACACACUGAAUCGCUCAACCCGCAAAAGCAACAUGCGCAGAACAACGUGCUGCGUGACGGUCAGCGCAAAAAGACUGGCGUCUAA